AGUUUACCUUAAGUGUGAAUUGGUUGUGAACAUCAUUUGUAUAUUGAAGCCGAAAAAGUCAACAUCUUUCAUGAUCAUCAAUUCAAGGUUCAAUUGAAUUUGCAAAUGAAUAAAAUGUGUUUAAUUGUGCUUUAAGUCAACGCUAUUCAACAUCUAAAUGCAAUUGACGAUCGUCGCUUGCAAAGUGAUUAAACGAGAAAAUCAAAUUGAUUAACUUCCAUAAAAGAUUCUGUGUUAACAGUGUUUACCUGUGAUUAUUGACCCUCAUCAUGUAUACCAAUAUAAAGUGUCUACUCAAUGUGAUCUUAAUCAAUUACCUGGCCAUUUGUGUGUUUGCACAAACCAACAACAUUACAAAAGAUUGUUCUGAAGGUCAAUGGAGAUUUGAAUUAAUCACUGGCCAUGUAUUUACUUCACCUUCUGAGACAAUGACCAUGGUUCCAGGAACUUUACAGUUAACCGAUUGUAUUGCCUACUGUAAUCGAAGUGAAACUUGUAAAGCAAUCAACUUCGAAACUGGACUUUGCAUCAUUUUAACUUCAAGUGCUCAAUCUCAACCAUCGGCUUUAACGACUUCACAGUUUCCUGUUUUCACUAUUUAUGCUCAAAAAGUUUGCAUUACAGAGCCAAAUUUAUCUUUAUGUGACCGUCCAUGGCUAUUUGAACGAGUUAUUGGUUAUGAGCUGAGAAAGUUUGAAAAGAAAAGAGUUAAAGUAGAUUCCAGGGAAAAGUGCAUGGCCAUGUGUUUGAACGAAAACGGGUUCACUUGUCGAUCUGCCAAUUACGACAACAAUACUGGAGAGUGUAUCAUGUCCGAUAUGGAUAGACACACAAUCUCAUCGAAUGGACCAACUGCUUCAGGUUUACCCUCAUCUCAUCGUUACUUUGUACCAGCAUCAGUACCUGGAAUAGAUUAUCUUGAGAAUAAUUGUGUUCAAGAUCCAAAGAAAAUGUGUGAUUUCAAGGAAAUUAAAGGAAAGAUAUUGAAAACUGUGGAUCAUGUUCAUUUAAAUGUAAAGACUGUCGAUGAAUGCAAAGCAAAGUGCCUUGAAUCACCUUAUCGAUGCUUCUCCUUUGACUUGGGCGAUCCUUCAAACUCCGUCUGUCGAACCAGUCAUCUUGAUCGAUCCUCUUUGACUCACAUUGAAGAUCCUUAUUUGAAUAUCCCUGGAUCAAUGACUUAUGAAUUGUCUUCCUGUUACAACAUUACAAUUGUUUGCAAAGCAAAGGAAAUGGUUGCUUCGGUUCAAACAAGCAAAGUGUUUAAUGGCAAAAUAUACGCCAAAUCAAAGCCAAACUCGUGCGUUUCCGACAUUAAAAACAGCCUAGACUUUGAGAUUAUCAUGCCUUACCAUGACCUCAUGUGUGAUGUUAAACAAGAAAACUCGGGAAAGUUCAGCAAUGAUAUAAUUAUUCAACAUCAUGACAUGAUUGUGACAACACUUGAUAAAGGCCUUUCCGUCCAUUGUAACUACGACCUUUCCAAUCGAUCCAUUUCCAAUGUUGCUUUGGAUGUUGAUGAUGAUGUGGCAACUCGUGAAGAUUGGAUGAACAAUGUUCACUCGGCAACCGUCGCAGCACCCAAUGUCACCAUGAAAAUAACCAAUCAACAAGGAUUCGAAAUUGAAUCGGCCAAUGUUGGAGAUUCUCUUUCCCUUCGAUUUGAAGUAUUGGAAAAGUCAAGUCCAUAUGAGAUUUUCGUUCGUGAACUCGUGGCGGUUGACGGUGUUGAUAGUUCAGAGAUAUUGCUCAUUGAUUCAUCAGGUUGUCCAACUGAUGCAUCCAUCAUGGGUCAAAUGGGUCGAGUCGAUGGAUCAGGCCAAGUGCUAUCAGCAUCAUUCGACGCCUUUAAAUUCCCGACAAGUGAUAUCGUCCAGUUUAGAGCCUUGGUCACUCCAUGUUUGCCCAACUGCGAACCCGUUCAAUGUGAAGUCAAUGGACUUGAAGGUCGCCCUGGUGAUGUCCUUUCAUACGGCAAAAGACGAAGACGAUCCUUAUCAUCCUUGGCAUCGCCAUUAACUGAGACCAAGAACUCUGACGAGGAAGAAAUGGUUGUUGUGCAAACAAUCAAAAUCGUUGAUACAUUCAACAAUCAAAAAGGUGAUUCCAAGAAAAGUGGAUCCAAAAAGGUAAUCCAAAAAGGAUCAACUUCCAAUCAGAAUGUAAAGAACUUUAAAGAUGAAAAUGUAGAUGAAGAAACAAAUGAAGUAAACUUUGAUUCAGAGAAGCGAGUUAAUCGUCGAAACUUGGAUUCACCUGGUUGUGCCUCAUUCCUUGGCUUAAUCAUGGCCUGUUCAUUAUUCCUGAUCGCUCAGUUGUUCCUGAUUCUAGCUUGGUGUCUCAUUUGGUGGAGAAAACAAAAGAAAGGAUUUCCCUCAUUUUCACCUCAACUAACACCAACAAACUCAUCAACUUUACCUUAUUUCAAUUCUCAUCAUCAUCACCAUAACCAGCCUCAUCAGGGUAAAUCAUCGCCAACCUCAUUGAACAAAUUUUUAAUAUCGCCCAAUCGCACUGGAAGCAUCGGAGGUCAUUCGCUUUUAUCCAAUUCAUCUUCGCACUCAUCUUCAUCUUCAGUUGCCAACAAAACGAAACAAUCAAAUAGAUCAACAUCGCAAACCCAAUCCAGUUACGGAGCUCACUAUUUAACUCCAUUCAGUUCAUAUCACAGGAAAUUCGCUGAACCCAGGAAAACAGCAGUUGAUAUGUAUUCAUCAAUGUCACAAUUAUAUCAAUGAAUUAACAUUAAUUAGGUAACAAAUUGAUCGGCUUGAUUCGUCUUGUUCACCAUAAACAGAGAACCAGAAAAUUGAGUUAAAAGGAUAAACAAAAUGAGCAGAUAAACACAAAGAGAAGCAACAAGAUAAUUGAGUUCAUUUGAAUCAUUUCAUUUCCUGUUAUUUAUCAUUCACUUUACCCACAUCAUAUUCACUCUCAUUAUCAUCAUCACCAUCAUGUCCAUUGAACAAUUAUUUUUUCACCUGAA